AGCAACCUGUGGCGCCACCAUACUUUGCCGACGGAGAACCGUUGACACCGUAAUCAAGCAACACCAUGGAGCGCGUCGAAGAGACUCUCACUGCCCUCAUCCCGGCGCUUGAGUCCCACGAGAUUGGCCGCUGGGACGCGAGUCAGGUGGAGCUGCUGUGCGCCAUGCUAAAGGAGUACCGACUGCAGGCGCGUGCGAGUGCAACGGGAGAGCCGACGAGUCCUGCCGACACCCCCGAUUCUCGAGAAGAAGAUGAGGCGGUGUCCGACGAAGAGAUGGAUGACGAGGCGCUGCUCGUGGAGGCCGUGAGUGAGGUGGACCGUGGCCUUGAACGAACACGUGCGUUUCUGAAGAGCCGACUGCCCUACGGUGCACGACCAGAGCCCACACAAAUCCUCGGCUGUGCGGAAGCCGCAGCGAGCCAUUCAGCCAAGAAGCGUCCACGCUCUUCAGACGGUUCUACCGAGCAGGCCACGGCAGCCAGCGGAGACGCAACCUCGGCGUCGGUGGCGCCGACCCCCGUGUUCGCCGUGGAUUCUUUCUUGUACUCCGAGGACGACAUUGAGGAGCUCGUCACGGCGAAGAAGCUCGCGCGGGAAUACUGCACGCGCUGCGGAUGCACCAACAUCGGCCUUGCCGACUUCAUCACGCAUUCCUUCUCACAGGAUCAGCUGCUCUACCUGAGCUGCUUUCUGUUUCCGCACGUGCUGCGGCAGUUUAUCAGAGCGACCUCCGCGAAGGCAAAGCCAGCAGCAAAGGCUGCGGAACCGCUGAGUAUCGUCGAUGUGGGCUCCCGACUCGGUGUUGUUCUCUGGGCCAGUGCGUUUGCCCUGCAGCAGGGAGCUCUUGUGCAGCCACCAAAUCACGAUGACGAGGAGGGGGAAGAGACUGAAGAAAAGGAGGAAGACGCACAUGGCGACGAGGAGCCGGAGGUGCACAUCACCGGCGUGGAGAUGGACGGCGGGUAUGUGAAACUCUCCCACGACGUACUGCGCCGCUUUUUCAUGCCACGACGUCGUCGUGCGCCGAGGCUGGACCGCACCGUCGACGACAGCAACGCCAGCGACGUCGAGGAUGUGAUGGACGUUUCCUCGCGUCUGCACUUGGUGCAGAGCGACUGCUUCGACGGCGCUGGCGCGGAGGCGCUGUCGCGUGCGUCCGUCGUCGUGCUGCACAACGUGUUCGAGUACUUCUGCGCGUCUCCGGUCGAGCACGCGAAGUGCUGGCUGAAACUGCGGCGUCUGCUCUGUCACACCGGGCAGUUUUUGGUUUGCUCUCCGGCGCUGGAGGAGACGCUGUCUGGGAUUGCGGCGGGGGCGUGGGCUACGGCGUGGACUGCAGAGGCUGGUACGCAGGCAGGCGCCCCGGCGGCACCGCUCAAGUGGCUGUCCGCGUUUGUUGAGCGCGUGGACGUGUCGGCGGUGGCGAGCAGCUUCAUAACGACACGUGCCCUUUCCCGCGAGGACGACGACGAUGAGGAAGAUGCAGUGGAGAGCGGACACUUCGAUGAGCAUGCCCACGGCCAUCAGCAUGGCCACCAUCACCACAACCACGGCGACAACGACGAUGGUGAUGAAGUGGAGGAGCAGAUCCAAAACAUUUACGUCUACCGUGUCCUCUAA